CAUCAAAAGAAAUUUUAAAAUGAGAGAAAUAAUUACAAUUUAAAUCGGGUAGGGAGGAAUACAAGUUGGAAAUGCGUGUUGGGAGUUGUUUUGUUUAGAGCAUUAAAUUUAGCCUAAUGGGUAUCUGAUCAAUCAGCAAAUUAUGGAAAAGAAUGAUGCAUUAAGAACAUUUUUUUCAGAAUCUGAGCAAUAGAAACUAGUUCCAAGAUCUGUACUUCUGGAUUUAGAACCUACAUUACUAGAUUAAGUGAAAACUGGUAAAUUUAAGGAAAUGUAUAACCAAGACUAAUAUAUUUCUGGGAAAGAGGGGGCUGCUAACAAUUUUGCAAGAGGUUAUUCAAUUGGCAAAGAUUAUGUCGAUAUAUGUUUAGAGAGAAUCAGAAAGCUUGCUGAUAAUUGUUCUUCAUUUUAAGGAUUUAUGAUAUUCAAUUCAGUAGGUGGAGGGACAGGUUCAGGUUUGUGCACAUUAUUAUUAGAAAAACUAUCAGUUGAUUACAGUAAAUAAUCUAGAUUGUGCAUAAAUUUUUAUCCAUCUCCAGAAACUUCUGUUUCUAUGGUUGAACCAUAUAAUUCUAUUUUUGCAACCUAAUCUUUAUUAGAACAUGCUGAUGUUUGUAUCACUAUGGAUAAUUAAGCGAUUUAUGAUAUUUGUAAGAAUAAUCUUGAAAUCGAAACACCAAAAUAUUCUAAUUUGAAUAAGAUAAUAGCUCAAGUGAUUUCAUCAAUAACUACACCUAUGAGGUUUGGCGAAUCCUAUUGUAAUGACAUAAAUGAUUUGCAAACUUCUAUGAUUCAGUUUCCCAUUCUCAAAUUUUUGAAUUCAUCUUAUGCUCCUAUAAUAUCUAAUUAAAAGUUGAACCAUAAACAGCUUUCGAUUCUUGAAAUUACAAAGCUGACUUUUCAAACAGAAUAUAUGAUGGCAAAGUGCGAUCCAAGAUAGGGGAAAUAUUUAUCAUGCUCAAUAUUGUUCAGAGGGAAUAUUAUUCCAAGGGAUGUUUCAUAUACAAUCAGCUAAUUAAAAAAUUAAAUAACAAUUAGAUUUGCUGAUUGGGCACCAACAGGUUUUCGAGUAAGAAUGAAUGAUCCAGCCCAAUAAACUUUACUAGAAGAUGAUGUAUAUAGAGCUUUAUAAUCUGUAUGCACGAUUUCAAAUACCACUGCGAUAUCUUAUAUAUUUUAAAAUUUAUGCCAUAAAUAUGAUUUAAUGUUUGAAAAAAGAGCCUUUGUACACUGGUAUAUCAAAGAGGGCAUGGAGGAAGCAGAAUUCAUAGAAGCAAGAGAAGAAUUAGCAAACUUAUAAAAGGCUUAUUAGGAAGCAGAUACAAUAACAUUUGAAGAGUAUUAAUAAGAAAAUGAAUCAGCAUGAA